AUGUUUUUCGAACGCACAUUUCAAUCUCAAAUCAUCCAAGAUGAGCUCUACGGGUCGAAAACAAGUAAAAGUAAACCAUCAAGCAAGAGGAGGACCGCGUUUCAUCUCGUCAAGGACAAGGCAAAGAGCUACUUGGUGUUGUUCCUUGAAACGUCUUCGAUUCAUGGGUUGAACCACAUGGUGGCCAUUGGAAGGCAUCCUUUGGAAGUCGUUCUCUGGCUCACUAUGGUCGGCCUCUCCGUAUUCGGCUCGGUAUACCUCUCCCGAACCACCUGGACCCGCUACCAGUCCUCGCCUACUGUUGUGUCCAUGGAUCGAGACAUGUUUGCAUGGAACACCACCUUCCCGUGCGUGACUAUAUGCCCCAACAACAACCUGGAUCUGAAGAAGCUUGAAGUAUACGUAAAAAACUCCAAGGAAAAAGAUAAAGCCAAGCUAGAAGCGUUUAUCAAGGCCCUCGCAAACGCUACCUUCGACAAUUUCAACUUGAUCCCGGACUACGACGGUAUACCUUCAGACAAAUACAUGGAGCUGAUCCUGAAUCUGACGGCGAGCUUCAAGCCCACCCUCACUAUUGGAGCCUCGGGUAUCAUGCUGGAUAUUGUUCCUACCAUCACUGAGAUGGGGCUCUGCUAUGCCGUCAAUUCUCAGGUGGCAGUUUAUAAUUCACCAGCAUACAGAGUAGCCAAUAGAUGGGAUGAGGUAUCCACCCAAAACAGCACAUUCUUCGUACACCCACUUGAUGGAGAAGUGUUUGCCCAAGUUAUCAAUAUAUCAGCAUCCUAUGACGUCUACGUUCACGGUCCGUCAGAAGUACCUGAUAUAUCAACAAAGCGUCAGCAUUCAGACGAGGACUUUUAUAUGAAGCUAUAUGUGACCGCACUUACUGUGUACACAACGCCUGAUGCCGCUAGACUAAGCGUAGCCCAAAGACGUUGCCGAUUUCUCAACGAGAACAUCUUGAAGCACAGUUCUGUGUAUACUUACACUAUGUGCCGCAUGGAGUGUCGCAUUCGACUCUGUCUCAAGUAUUGUAACUGCAUUCCUCACUUCUACAGAAAAAUUGGUGAUGAGAAAAUAUGCAACGUAAAAGACCUGCAAUGCUUGUACAAGUAUAAAGGUAAAGAAACUCAUCAUGUUUUCCGUUUAACAAUAGUAUUAAUUAAACUAAUCUUGCAUCUCUUUCGUAUAGAUGAGCUCUACAAACUGCAAGAGAAGGACGGCAAGAAGAUCAACUGCGGCUGCCUCCCAAUUUGCGAUGAUGUGAACUACGUGAUCCAGUCCAACGCCCUCCAAGAGUGGUUUCUAGGAACGAACUUGCAGUGGGGAAUCGUGACGUACCCCAGGAUGAGAUACAAGAGGGAUAUUAUCUUUGGCUUCACCGAUGUCUUGGUGGCAGUCGGCGGCAUGGCCGGCCUUUUCCUCGGCUGCAGCGUCCUCAGCUUCAUGGAGAUCGUCUACUUCUUGACUCUUCGCCUCAUCUGCUACACCCACGCUGCAGUCACUAAGUAG